AUGACCGAGCAUCGCCCACCGGUAGAAAACCUUGCCGCCGAGCGCGUCAACGAGAUGAGCCGCAACUUCUGGAACUCGGCGGUGCUGCGCGCGGGUAUCAAGCUGAACGUCUUUUCCCUGCUGCAGCAUCAAGUCCUGUCGUGCGACGACGUGGCGCAGGCGUGCGACGCCAACCGGCGCUUCAUGGAAGCCUUCCUGGAGGCCUGCGCGGCGCUGGGGCUGCUGGACAAGCAGGGUGAACGCUAUACCGACUCGGCGCAGGCGGCGGCGUUCCUGGUGCCGGACAAGCCGACCUACGUGGGCGAUCUGGUGUUGCACAUCACCAAUUACUGGCACACCUGGGGCAAGCUCGACCAGCUCAUCAAGGAGGGGCGCACCGAGUUGCCGUUCGAGAACGGCUUCGUGGACGCGCCGACCUACUGGACCGACUACAUGCGCGGCCAGCACAACCGCGCCACCGCCGGUCAGGGCGACUACCUGGUGCAGAGUGUGGCGCUCGACGCCCGGCGCAAGAUGGUCGACCUCGGCGGCGGCGCGGCCAGUUACAGCAUCGCCUUGUGUGCCGCCAACCCGGAAUUGCGCGCCGACGUGGUCGAUCAGGUGGAGCCGUUGGCGGUCGCCCGGCCGCUGGUCGAGGCGGCGAGGCUGCAGGACCGCAUCACCCUGGUGCCGGGCGAUUUCAACACGAUCGAGCUGGCGAGCGAUUAUGACGUGGUGCUGAUUUCCGGGGUGGUGCUGAUCAAAUCCGAAGCGGCGUGUCGGGAAGUGUUUCGCCGUGCGCUCGGCGCCCUCAAGCCGGGCGGCCUGGUCAUCGUGCAGGAUUUCAUGCGCGUCGACCACAGCGCCGCGCGCAGCUUCCUGGACACCAUGAUGGACAUACCCCCUGCAUACCUCAUGGCCUACUUCACCCAACAACUGAUCAACGGCCUGACCCUGGGGUCGAUCUACGGCCUCAUCGCCAUCGGCUACACGAUGGUGUACGGCAUCAUCGGCAUGAUCAACUUCGCCCACGGCGAGAUUUACAUGCUGGGGGCGUUCAUCGCCAUCAUCACCUUCCUGCUGCUCGGCCUGGCCGGGGUGACGUUCAUGCCCCUCGUGCUGCUGCUGGUGCUCAUCCUAUCGAUGGCGUUCACCGCGGUGUACGGCUGGACGCUGGAGCGCCUCGCCUACCGUCCGCUGCGGGCGCGCCGCGCCUGGCGCCGUUGA